AUGGCGCACAUCAACCUGGAGAAGCUGGAGCUCACGGGAAGGGCAUUUCAGUGCCUCAGUGAGGCGGCUUGCCCUGGUGGGAAGCUGCAGUACGGGGACUUGGUGAAGCCAAUGUGCUCAAGAGGACGAACUGGCGUCCUGUGCGCUGCCUGCACCAGUGAGUAUUAUGCCACCAAGGGCGAGUGCAAGAAGUGCACGGAGGUCUCCCAAGAGGACAAGUUGCACCUCUGGGGCAUUGCCACUGCCGUGGCCGCCAGCGGCCUCGGCCUGGCUGGCAUAGCGUGGCUGUCACGCGGCGCGGCGACCGAGUACUGGCAACAGGCAGACCUGACGUGGCACGUGCUGAAGGAGCUUUCUGCUCGGCAGGCGGUGGUUCUACUUCAAGUAGCUCAACUAUAUGGGGUUCUGGCAGCGCUCGCGCCAGAUCCAUCCACUGGCCAAGGUGCUUCCCGUGAAUCCUUCUGGGAACGCACCUACGUGGAUGCGUUGCAGCUGAACUUGGCACAGGCCCUGCAGGACGCCUUUAGGCUUCAAUGCCUUUGGCAUGGUGAGAAGGUGCGAUUGGUGUUUGCGUUGGCAUCCCCCAUGGUGCCCCUGGUCCUGCUUCUAACAUGCGGUCUGCUGGAGAUCAUCAAGCCGGCCAUGGGUACCGGCGCCACCUUCAAGAUUUUGACAUUUUUUUUCAUCGGUGGCGCCCGUGAAUCAGCGGCCCUUCUUCGCUGUCAGCUGGUCGACAAAGGCGGCGCGACUCUGGGCAACUUCGCGUUCUUGCAGAAGCUGCCAUUCUUGCCCUGCUCCGAAUCGGAGGGCGUUGCGAAGUGGGUCUACACAGUCGGCUACUGCACCGGGGCAGUUUAUGUCACACUUAUUCCUGCCGCGCUUCUGUUUCUGUACGCGCGCCAGCACACUCUACUGAAACACGGCAAGACCAUCUCGGCCCAAACAAAGAGGGCGAAGAGCAGCUGGAUCACGGAGCUACGCUCGGUGAAAGCUUCGGAGGAACCUAUGCAGGUCAAUGAUGAGCACCUCCUCGCUGCUGCAGUGGCCCACAUGGUAGUCACAUUCCAGGGCAAGGUCCGUCUGCAGCUGCAAGACGGCAAGGCGGAGAUGCAGUCAUCAGAGCGUGAAGGACGAGCACCAGCUGAGCUGACCGUGAGCAGCUUCUUGGAAGGUGGGGAUGAAGUAGAGGAGAUGCUCCGCUCCCGCGCCAUCAUGGAGAUGCUGGUGGAGCGCUGUGAGAUGGAGAAGGCCUCCGAAACCAGCUUGCUCUCUGGUGCCAAGGAGGUAUUCUUCAAAUAUGCCUUCUGCCGCUUCGUGUGGAUGGAGAUGGCGCAGAAGCUCUUGGCCGUUGGACUGGUCACCGUAAUCGGCACGGACGAUGGCCUUCACCUCUCCCUGGCAUGUGUCCUUGGCAUGGCGGCGACAAUUGCCAUGGUGCAGCCUUACAUCCAGCCACAGAUGAACGAGCUGCACAUCUUUUCCUUGCUGUGCCUCGCAGCAGCAGCCCUAGGAUUUGCUGGAGCUGCCGACCCCAAAGCCCAUUGGCUUUGGCUGAGCCGGGUGUCUGUGCUGCUUCCUUUCCUGCUGGCCGCCGCGCAGGUGCUGCGCCCGGACAGCUGCGAGGCUCUGGCCGUGCGCCUCUUUCAGGAGAGCCGAAGAGCCCAAAAGGGUGCUGCAGGAGGGGCAGGAGGUGGAGCUGGUGGUCAAGACCGUCCGCUUCAUCUGAGUGCGGCUGGUGCUCUGCUCUGGUGGCCGGUUGAGAUCCCAGGAGCUCCCCGCACAAAGCGGCAGUUGAAGAUGACCAAACAGCCAAUGAAAACUUGA